AAAAUCUUCUUUAUUUAUAAAAUUUUAAUUCAUUCAAUUUUUUUUCUUCUCAUCUCAUCUCAUCAAUAAAUCGAUCAGCGAAUAACUAAUUUAACAACAACAACAACGACGACGAAAAACAAAAAUGGCAUUGACAAAUUCAUCAGCGGUCGAUGUUGAAAAUUUAACAUUUUCAUAUACACGACAUGGAUCAAAUCUUGAAUCAAUUAAUAUGCAUGUACCACGUGGUACAAUUUAUGGUUUAUUAGGUCCAUCCGGUUGUGGUAAAACAACAUUAUUACGUUGUAUUGUUGGUCGUUUGAAACCACGUUGUGGUAAUGUAAACGUUUUUGGUUAUCGACCAGGUACAAAAGAAUGUGGUAUACCUGGACCAAAUAUUGGCUAUAUGCCACAAGAAUUAUCAUUAAUAACACAAUUUACUGUAAGAGAAACACUUGAGUAUUAUGCCGGUUUUGCCAAACAAACAUCACAUAUGCAACCAUUAGAAUCACGUAUCGAAUUUUUAUUAAAAUUAUUGGAUAUAAGUGAUUUUGAACAUUGUUAUACGGAUCGUUUAUCCGGUGGUCAACAACGUCGUGUUUCAUUGGCUGUAGCAAUGAUUAAUGAACCGCCAUUAUUGAUAUUGGAUGAACCAACUGUAGGUGUUGAUCCUAUUGUUCGUGAAUCUAUCUGGUCAUAUUUAGUGGAUCAAAGUAAAAAUGGCCUAACAGUCAUAGUAACCACACAUUAUAUUGAAGAAGCCGGAUCAGCAGAUAAAGUUGGUUUCAUGCGACAAGGUCGUAUAUUGGCCGAAGGAAAUCCAAAUUAUCUAAUGUUACAAAAUAAUGUGGUAUCAAUGGAACGUUUAUUUUUGAAAUUAUCUCAACAAGAUGAUUUUCAUCAUCAUUCAAAUAGUACGAGCCAAUUAGAAAAUGGAUCACCAUAUCCAAAAGAUAUUUUAUUGCAACUGGAUCCUCAAAAGAAUCAUAAGAUUCUUAAUAUGAAUAAUCAUCAUAAUAAUCAUCUUCAUCAUAAUAAUUAUGUUACGGAAAAUGGUGGAUCACCGGCCGUUGCUAUUGCAGCAACAAUUGAACCUACAAAUCAAUCGGUAAUAUUCACUUCGAAUGGUGGUACUAUGACUGGUUCAACGAUGAUGGCAUAUGUUGGUGGUAAACCUAAACCAAAUCUUCUUUCACAUUUGGCUACGCCAACCACAAACAACACAGCCAAACAUAUUAUUGUACAUGAACAAUAUAAACAAUUGGAUCCUGAUUCUUUGAUCGAAUCAAAUACGAUGACAGGAAAUAAUUGUAAAUUAAACAAUAAUGACUAUAAUAAUCAUCAUAUGGAUGCAUCAUCAGAUUCGCCAUUAUUCAACAAUAAUUCAUCAUCAUCUUCUUCUUCUUCAUCAUCAUCAUCAACAAGAUCAAAAAAAUCUGCCCAUUUAUCAUCUGGUCGUAAUAAUAAUAGUAAUAGUAAAGUUCGUACAUAUUCUGUGCAUGGUCAAAAUCGUUCAGUAAAUUCUAUACAAAAAGUUGGAGUUUUAUGUCGUAAACAUCGUAUUCGUUUGUUUCGACGUGUACCGGAAUUGGUCAUCACAAUGUUAUUGCCUGCAUUAGAAGUAGCUCUUUUUUGUCUUUGUAUGGGACGUGAUCCAACAUCAGUACAGAUGGCUGUCUGUAAUCAAGAAGAUCCUCCAUUUCUUAGUCUUAUGUUUCUCAAGUCAAUUGAUUCGGAUUUUAUUUCAUUGAAAUAUUAUCGAACACCAGAAGAAGCUAUAGAUUCCGUUCGGAAUGCCGAUACUUAUUCGGCUAUAGUUCUGGGGAAAAAUUUUUCACAUGUUCUUAAUCGUUUCGGUAGAAUGGGUGGAGUUAUACCGGCAAAUUUAGGACGUUUACCGCUUCUUGCUCAGCAGCAAUUUUCGACACAAACGACGACGACAACAACAUCGAUUGCACCGCCAAUAUUAGGUUAUACACAGCCAAAUGGUAAAAUGAUAACGAAUACUAAUGAACCAGUACCGCCAUUAAUGACACCUUAUAUUGCGCCAUCACAACCAACACAAUCAAUGUUGAAAACACCUUCCAUGUUAGUUGAUGAUAAUGAUGAUAAUGAAAAUUCCGGAUUACGACGUUUAAAACGUAACAUUUCUGAUCUACUCACGACUACAGCAGUAACACAAUCUACCACUGAUUCUAUUAUUACUGCACCAGAUGAUGAUGAUUCAAUUAUUCGAAUCUAUUAUGAUGGUUCGAAUGCAUUACAUGUCAACAUAAUUCGUCGUGAAGUUUUUAGUGCAUUGUUUAAAUUUGUUGAAAAUGCUGGUAAAAUUUUCGGUGGUCAGAUGAGUUCGAUAAAAUUGCCAAUCAAAUUUGAAAAACCAAUCUAUGGAGGCGAAAAGACCGAUAUGGUUGAAUUUGUUGGUCCUGGUCUAAUGGUUUUCAUUGUAUUCUUUGCGACAAUGUCUAUCACAUCGAUGGCUUUUCUUUCGGAACGUCGUGAAGGUACAUUGGAACGUUCAAUGAUUGUUGGAAUGACACCAACCGAAUUUAUUAUUGCUCAGAUUAUCAAUAUAACAUUUUUAUUGAUCGUACAGAUUAUAUUGACCGUUGUUAUGGGUUUCUGGAUAUUUGAUUUUCCAAUGAAAGGUUCAUAUGUAUUAGCCAUUGCCAUGAUGUUUCUACAAGGUCUUUGUGGAAUGACAUUUGGUCUAAUGUUAUCAGCUAUUUGUACAAGCGAAAUGACAGCAUUAGCAUUAGGAGCCGGAUCUCAGCUAAUGUUCUGUUUUAUAACCGGUAUUUUUUGGCCAGUCGAAACAAUGAUUGCAUUACUUCGUUAUAUAUCUUAUGCAAUGCCACAAACAAAACCAAUGGAAUCUUUUCGUCAUAUAUUGAUACGUGGUUUUGAUCUAUCCAAACCGGCUGUAUUGAAUGGUUAUUUAAUAACAGUGGCAUGGAUUGCCUUUUUUCUUAUAUUAGCCAUCGUCAUAUUUCGUGUUCGAUAAAAAAAAAUUUUUUUUUUCAUUGUUAAUCAUUUAUGAUCUUGCCACUUAUUAAUAAUAAUGAUGAUUUUCAAAGUGCCCGACCAAAUUUUUUUUCUUUUUCUCAUUUUGAUGUGACCAUUAUGAUCGACAAACCGACAUUUAUACACUUACACACACAUCCUGGAUUCUUUUUAUUUCUCUUUUAUUGUUUGUUUGAUUGAUUGAUGCUUAAUACAUUGCAAUCAAUCAUAUUUUCCUUUCCUUUUUGUCCCUCAAACAUCCACUUCCCCCAACAUAAACUAUUAUAGAAAUAUUUUUUUAAAAAAACAUUCUAAAUGAUUAGCAAAUUUUUUUUCAAAUAUUAACUUCUAUAUAAUAAAAAAAUAAUAAUAAUUGA